AUGUGAGCACAUUCCGUUCAGAUCACUCCACGCAUUUAAAAUCUGCGUGAGAAUAGCAAAAUCUUACAAACACCACACCCUCCGAGAUCUCAUCUUGCCCCGCAAUAACUUUCUGCAUCCGGACCCUACUUGUUUCUCUUUGUCGGCGGCAGCAAACCGGAUCCCGACAACCGCCGCCGGAUGCUACCUCCGACCAUGGGCCUCCUUACAAACGGCUCCGGAGAUUCCACUCCCCUCAAGUUCCUUAUCUAUGGGAAAACGGGGUGGAUCGGCGGUUUGCUCGGCCGGCUAUGUGAGGAACGAGGUAUUCCCUAUGCUUACGGAUUGGGGAGGCUGGAGAAUCGCGCGCAGUUGGAAGCUGACAUUGGAUCGGUGUCGCCGACUCACGUAUUCAACGCUGCCGGUGUCACGGGGCGGCCGAACGUGGACUGGUGCGAAACCCACAAGGUGGAGACGAUUCGUGCCAACGUGGUCGGGACUCUGACGCUGGCUGAUGUCUGCAGGGAGCGCGGCCUCAUUCUUCUGAACUAUGCCACUGGUUGCAUCUUCGAAUACGAUGAAACACACUUGCUGGGGUCUGGGAUCGGGUUUCGAGAGGAGGACACGCCCAACUUCGUCGGUUCAUUCUAUUCUAAGACGAAGGCCAUGGUCGAAGACCUGCUUAAAAAUUAUGAGAAUGUCUGCACCCUGCGUGUGAGGAUGCCAAUCUCAUCAGAUUUAUCAAAUCCUCGCAAUUUUAUCACGAAAAUCACUCGAUAUGAGAAGGUUGUUGACAUUCCUAACUCAAUGACAAUCUUGGAUGAACUCCUGCCCAUCUCCAUAGAAAUGGCAAAGAGAAACCUCACUGGGAUCUGGAACUUCACAAACCCCGGUGUUGUGAGCCACAAUGAAAUCCUAGAGAUGUACAGAGAGUACAUCGAUCCAAGCUUCUCUUGGAAAAACUUUACCCUAGAGGAGCAGGCGAAGGUGAUCGUUGCUCCUAGGAGCAAUAAUGAACUAGAUACCACCAAACUGAAGACAGAAUUUCCAGAUCUUCUGCCGAUUAAACAAUCACUGAUAAAAUACGUCUUCAAGCCAAACCAGAAGGCCUCUGCAGCCUGAAGACUUUUGAAAGCUUAUAUUUCACCAAAACAAUUCAAGCCACGAACAGUCAGAAAUUUCAUCAUGCAAUAAAAAGCAAUCUUGCUUCCACCAUCCUCUUUUUGGCUGUAAAAUGUUAUGGAUCCACAAGCUUUGCUUAGGCUGCCAGCUUUUGAACUUUGAUCUAUUUGUAUUGUUGUCUUAAUUUUAUUUCUGUUUAAUCACGCUUCUAGUUUUGAAAGAUGUUAUAAUCAUUGAAUAUUUGUAUCAUUAGAGGUGAAUAUUAUUUAUUAUGAUAUCAGAAUUCAAGUGUUGUUUUGUAUUCA